AUGUCCCGCCAGGUUGGCCAGUACCAGAGGAGGAACGGCAUCCGCAGCGUCAUGCAGAAGUACCUGGAGGACCGGGGAGAGGUGACGUUCGACAAGAUCUUCACGCAGAAGAUCGGGUACCUGCUCUUCCGGGACUUCGCCUUUAACCAGGCAGAGGAGGCCAAACCCCUGAUGGAGUUUUAUGAGGAGAUCAAGAAAUACGAGAAGCUGGACUCCGAGGAGGAGCGAACCGCCCGGAGCCGCCACAUCUUUGACCAUUACAUCAUGAAGGAGCUGCUGGCCUGCUCCCACCCCUUCUCCAAGAGUGCCACGGAGCACGUUCAGAGUCGUCUGAGCAAGAAGCAGGUGCCCCCAGACCUCUUUCAGCCCUACAUCGAGGAGAUCUGCCAGAACCUGCGUGGCGGCAUCUUCCAGAAAUUCAUCGAGAGUGACAAGUUCACGCGGUUCUGCCAGUGGAAGAACGUGGAGCUGAACAUCCAUCUCACCAUGAACGACUUCAGUGUUCACCGAAUCAUCGGCCGUGGCGGUUUCGGGGAGGUCUACGGCUGCCGGAAAGCAGAUACGGGCAAAAUGUACGCAAUGAAGUGUUUGGACAAGAAACGCAUCAAGAUGAAGCAGGGCGAGACCCUGGCCCUCAACGAGCGCAUCAUGCUGUCCCUCGUCAGCACCGGGGACUGCCCGUUCAUCGUGUGCAUGUCGUACGCCUUCCACACACCCGACAAGCUCAGCUUCAUCCUCGACCUCAUGAACGGGGGAGACCUGCAUUAUCACCUGUCCCAGCACGGCGUCUUCUCGGAGGAGGAGAUGAGGUUCUACGCGGCCGAGAUCAUCCUGGGCCUGGAGCACAUGCACAGCCGCUUCGUGGUGUACCGCGACCUCAAGCCGGCAAACAUCCUCCUGGACGAGUUUGGGCACGUCCGCAUCUCAGACCUGGGCCUGGCUUGUGACUUCUCCAAAAAGAAACCCCACGCCAGUGUGGGCACCCACGGGUACAUGGCUCCGGAGGUGUUGCAGAAAGGAGUGGCGUACGACAGCAGCGCCGACUGGUUCUCGCUGGGCUGCAUGCUCUUCAAGCUGCUCCGGGGGCACAGCCCCUUUCGGCAGCACAAGACGAAAGAC